AUACAAUAUAUUAUAUCAGGUGAGAUGGAGACAGAAGAGUGCGUCUUCCAAAUCACAAAACAACAAAUGAGUACUUUAAAACUACAAGCAACAUCACCCGAAGGUACCAGGCUAAGUACAUUUGAGGUACAAGCCGGGCAUGUGUGGCGCAGUGUAUGCAAGGCGCGUGGAUUAGCAGAUGAUGACGACGUCAAACCUUACAUACCCAUAGAUGGACGAUCAAGAUUGAAGGAUAGAACACUGCCACAAAAUUAUUGCGGCAAUAUCCUCUUACACGCAGUUUGUGUAGAAAAAGUAAGGGAUGUAACCACAAAACCAUUAUGGUUUGCCGCAACUAAGGUUCGAGAGGCAGUGAAAAAAUUGGACGAUAUAGAGUACUUAAGAUCGUCCAUUGAUUAUGUCGAAUCACAUCCAGAUAUAGCGGCUAUUACUCUUGGGCCUCAUACUUUUACUUCCCCAAACCUCACAAUUAACUCUUGGGCAAGAUUGCCUUGUUUUGAAGCUGAUUUUGGGUUGGAUGGACCAAAGUUUGUGGAAAUUAAUGGAAUCAAAUAUGAAGGAAUAACAUACAUUACAUCAAGUCCAAAUGGGGAUGGUAGCUUUUUAGUGGCCAUUAAGCUUUUUACCCCUGAUAUGAUACUCUUCAAAAACUACUUUUACAACUUCUAAAUAAUGUAUUACCUUCUCUGUCCCAAAAUUUUCGUGCCCGUAUUCUAUCUUGGGUAGUAUUCUAAAAUGUUGUGUUUAUUUCUAAUCUUUCUAUUUUUAUUUCAAGGAAAUUACUUCUAUACCCCCUUGUACUUUUCACCUUUUCUUAUAAUAAACUCUGCUAAAUAUUUUUUAUGCGGAUGCAAUUGUUCAAUACGAAUUCCUUGAUGAAGAUUUUUGGUUUAUUAAAUUUUUUGUGAGGAAUUUUGCGAUUUAGCAGAGUUCCUGCCUCCCUUUAGCAUAUUCAGGAGCGGGC